AUGGCAAACCAAGGAGAACAAGAGACGCGGACUCCGGGAGAGACAGCGGAAAUGCUGAGAGACAAGGUGCUACAAAUGGAGAAGAACCUUAAAGAAAUAGGGAGGAAAAUUGAGGAGGUGAUAGAGUCAAACCCGCAAGAGGAGUCGGAGCCCCAACAGGAUGCCUCUGAACCCAUCGAAAAGGAAGAACUAGAAGAGGGAGAGCCUCAGAACAUGGAGGAGGAGGAAGUAGGGCCUAUUGACGUAGAGGCUGAGGGGGAUGAAGAACCAUUUGGGAUGUUUCCUGAAUUUGCAGAGGAGGAGAAUGAUGCUAACGAGGAAUCUGAUUAUUAUGCCCCAACCAACGAGAGAUCUUACUUCUAUGCAUUCUCACCCAUGCUAGUAUUUUCAACCUCCAUCAUGGCAUCAUAG